GAGGGAGAGGGAGAAGGAGAGAGAGGAAAAAGGGGAGGAGAGACAGAGAAUGAGAGACAGAGAAAGAGAGGAAGGGAGACACAUUUAGGAAGCUGAGGACAAGAGGGCAUUUUUGUUGUUGUUGCCGGUUACAGAACUCUCCAGACAUUUUUCUUGUGCAGGUCCAUACAGUAGCUAUAUUGCACGUCUAUCUAUCUCUCUGUGUCUGAGCAGAGGUGGAAGUGUCGGCGACAGAGAGAGGGAGUUGCCUGUUUGAAGAGGUCAGGCAGGCAGGGGAAAGCCGGUGGAUAUGUUUUAAGAGGCCGCUUAUCUGAAACUGACAACAGGAUGAGAGGGUGAGUGAGAGGGGAGAGCCCAGCAGUACAGGGGGAGAACCAUGGAGAGUACAGCAUCCUCAUCCACAGCCCACUCACAGAGGAGACACAGACACAGGCUAACCUAAGAGAGACAAACGGAGAGAGAAAGAGAGGUAAAGAGUUUACUUUGUCCAUUCUGUCCAACGGAGAGGGAGCGAGAGACGAUGGUUCGUAACACUGGAGCUCUAGGAUAAACCAUGGACUCUGCACACCUCCUACCACGCCUGGACAUCCACCAUGUUCGCUGCUAAACUCUUGGUCCUGAUGGUCCUGCUGCUACCUCAAGCCUCGCCUGGGCGCCAGGGCAUUGCCACCGAGCCCGAUGGCAGUGAGCCGUCGUUGCCACCGCCAUCACCCACCCCCCUGGAGCCCAGCCUGGCCCAGACAAUCCAGAACCUAUUGCUGAGCCGCCUGGGCCUGCAGUCCCACCCCAACCCCCGGCCAGGUGCACCCAUCCCCCAGUACAUACUGGACCUCUAUCGCUUCCACGCCCAGCAGUACCACCUAGUCCAGGAUCCACACUUCAGCUACCCCAGCCAGCAUGUCCAGGAGGCCAACACUGUACGCAGCUUCCACCACACAGAGUCUACCAGCACCUCACUCCCCCUUGAAAAGAGGCUGACCACCGUGAGUAACAACAAGGUCCCGAUCUCCUUCAACGUGUCCUCCAUCCCCCAGGAUGAGCGUGUGGUUUCUGCCGAGCUGCGUUUCUUCCGGGGUGGUGGGGCUAGCCUAGGCCCCGGGGCCCACAAGGUCAGCCUGUUCCUCGAUGGAGGCACUGGGGACUCUAAGCCCACUCUGCUGGAGUCACGGCUCCUCACAGGGGCCCCCAGAACCAGGCCAGCUGACUCCUGGGAGGCCUUCAGCCUCAGCACUGAACUCUUCGUAGGGGCCCACGCUUGGACCGGCAGCCUGGCCUUCCUCCUGGAGGUGACCCCUCUCGGUAACACCACCCUCCUCAUCCCCCCUGACCAUGAUGCUCUACCACUCUCCACUGGGGAGGAAGGGCGCAGAGAGGGACACUUGAGGGUGCGCAGGUCUCUGGGACAGGAUGAGCACAGCUGGGCACGGGAGAGACCCCUGCUGGUUACUUACAGCCAUGACGGGCACGGGGAGCCACUAGCCGCCCAUGGCCGGAGAACCUCUGACACUGCCCAGAGGAUGAGGGGGAGGAAGCGGGCCAGAGAAAGGGGCAGGAGCAACAGCAGGGACCGGGACCGGGACCGGGAAAGGGACAGAGACAGGGACUGGAGCGCCAGCCCUGGCUGGGGCGGUAGCUGGGACGAGGGUGGAAGGGUGAAGCGCAAUGGUGGCCGCGCAGCGAAACUGAAGCGUCUGUCCCGCGCCCGCUGCCGCCGCCACCCGCUCUACGUGGACUUCAAAGACGUGGGCUGGAACAAGUGGAUCGUGGCGCCUAGUGGCUACGACGCCUUCUUCUGCCUGGGGGAGUGCCGCUUCCCGCUCACCCACCACAUGAACUCAUCCAGCCACGCCAUGGUGCAGACGCUGGUGAACUCGGUGAACGGAGCCGUGCCGCGGGCCUGCUGCGUGCCCACCGCCCUCAGCCCCAUCGCCAUGCUCUACCUGGACCCGCAGGACCGCGUGGUGCUCAAAAACUACCAGGACAUGGUGGUGGAGGGCUGUGGAUGCCGGUAAUGGGAAACAAAAGAGAGGGAGGGAGGAGAGCGAGGGAAGGAGAGACUGAUGGGGUAGGGAAAGAGAGCAAGGACAGAACCCAGCCCAGCAGGACCAUGUGAGACAAGAGUACCUGGACCUUCUGGUGGUGGGAUGAAAAUUCUAGCGGCGGGGGGGGGGGGGGG